AUGGGACUCCGGUCCAGGACCGUCGCUAGCGGCUCUGAGGAGCAGAAGAGGAGCGCUCCUCCCGGGGACCUUCUGGAGCAAUGCGCCGGAGGAGCCGACAGGGACGGCACGCUGCUGCUGGUGGGCCCGGGCAGGGACGACUACAAGCGGGGCUCGCAGGGCAUCGGCAUCGGGCUGCUGGCCAAGACCCCCCUGAACUACACCCGGCCGGCCAAGAGGAAUAACAUCCGCAGGAGGAGGAUCCAGAACCUGCUGUACGACGCGCUGGAGAGGCCGAGAGGAUGGGCGCUGCUCUACCACGCGUUUGUGUUUCUGAUCGUUCUGGGAUGUUUGAUUCUGGCCAUUCUGACGACAUUCAGGGAACACGAGAAUGUGUCUGCUUACUGGCUGGUCAUACUGGAAACCUUCGCCAUCUUCAUCUUCGGAGCAGAGUUUGCUCUGAGGGUCUGGGCGGCCGGAUGCUGCUGCCGCUACAAAGGAUGGAGGGGGAGGCUGAAGUUCGCUCGCAAACCUCUGUGUAUUCUAGACAUCUUUGUGCUGAUUGCCUCGGUGCCGGUGGUGGCGGUGCGUAACCAGGGCAACGUGUUGGCCACGUCGCUGCGCAGCCUGCGCUUCCUGCAGAUCCUGCGGAUGCUGCGCAUGGACCGGAGGGGAGGGACCUGGAAACUGCUGGGGUCGGCCAUCUACGCUCACAGCAAGGAGCUGAUCACAGCCUGGUACAUCGGCUUCCUGUCCCUGAUCCUGGCCUCGUUCCUGGUCUACCUGGUGGAGAAGGACGACAUCUCCAUGGAGGUGUCCAGCCUGGACAACCCCACCGCUCAGCCCAAACCGCAGGACUUCGACACCUACGCCGACGCACUAUGGUGGGGUCUGAUCACGCUGACCACCAUCGGUUAUGGGGACAAGACCCCAAAGACCUGGGCUGGGAGGCUGUUAGCCGGCACUUUUGCUCUGAUCGGAGUGUCCUUCUUCGCUUUGCCUGCAGGGAUUCUGGGUUCAGGCUUGGCUCUGAAGGUCCAGGAGCAGCACAGACAGAAGCACUUUGAGAAGCGGAGACAUCCAGCCGCCGGGCUCAUCCAGUCUGCCUGGCGAUAUUAUUCCACCAAUCCAAUCAGGGACGACCUUAUUGCCACGUGGAGAUUUUAUGAAACCAUCAUCUCCCUCCCCUGUUUCAGGAAGGAUCACUUGGAGGCCAUCGCGAGCCAAAAACUGAGUUUACUUGAGCGAGUUCGCCUUCCCAACGCGCGACCAUCGGUUGGGUCGGGCAGGAGGCUCACUGGUCACACCGACUCCAUCGAGGAAAGUCCCUCCAAGGAGCCCAAACCUGCCGGCUUCAGUAACCGGGAGCGCUUCCGCACCGCCUUCCGCAUGAAGGCCUACACACUCCGCCAGAGCUCUGAAGAUGGCGGAGGCCUGGCAGAACCAGCAUUAGAGGAGCGGGGCUUCCCCCCAGACAUCCUCAUGGAGGAGAUGAUCCCCACACUGAAAUUGGUCAUCAGGGCAGUCAGGAUCAUGCAAUUCCUCUUGAACAAGAAGCGGUUUAAGGAAACUCUGAGGCCUUACGAUGUCAAAGACGUGAUCGAGCAGUACUCUGCUGGACACCUGGACAUGCUCUGUCGAAUCAAAUACCUCCAGACAAGGAUCGACAUGAUUCUCGCCCCUGGACCCCCCCUCACCCCCAAACAAAAGAAAACUCCAAAAGCGCCCUUUACCUACCCGCCCAAUCAGUCGCCCAGGCAUGAGUCCUACCUAUCCAAAGCCGCUACCAUGCCAGAUCCCGAAGACCUAAGCAUGAUGGGUAGAUUUGUCCGGGUGGAGCGACAGGUGGAGGACAUGGAGAAGAAGCUGGACUUCCUGGUGGACAUGCACAUCCAGCACACUGAGCACCUGCAGGUGGACUCCGCCGGCGCCGCCCACAUGACCCUGGAGACCUGCGACCCGACGGCGAACGGUGAGAUCCGGCGGGUUUUCUUCAACUACGCCGAGGCGUUCCCGCACAUGUCCUACCAGAUGCCUUCCAGCAAGGGGAAUCAGUACUGUGUCAGAGGAAGAGGAGGCGUGGAGGGGACCGGCGGACGACACGUACCUCCGAACCAUCAACCCCCGCCGUCGCACCUCCAACAACGCCACCCUCCGGCUGCAAUCCCCACCUACGCCGAGCGUCCCACAGUGUUGCCCAUCAGCUCCCUGCAGGACUUGUCGGCGGGGCCGGGCAGGACCACAGGGGGGCGCGGGGGCGACUCGCCACUCUCCAUGAUGUCGGUGAACCACGAGGAGCUGGAGCGCUCGCUGAGCGGGUUCAGCAUCUCUGGGGAGCGGGAGGAAGUGGGGGAUUUGUCGACGGGGGCCGGGGUGGCAACCGGAGACGCCGGCUGGACGAGACCCAGACCGAGCUACCUGGCGGAGGGGGAGACGGACACGGACACGGACCCCUUUACGCCCAGCGGGGGGCCCCUGCCUCUCUCGUCCACGGGGGAGGGAUUUGGUGACGCUGUGUGGAACACGCCACCCUGA